CAUCGGCUUAUAUUCUCUCUAGAGCUUAACUCUAUUUCUUUUAGGUGGAUUUUUAGCUCAAAAAUUUGUAGAGUUUUCAACAAUUGUACAUCAACCGAAAGUUGUAUCAUUAUUUCUUUGCAACACAUUUACAGACACAUCCAUAUUUAGAUACAAGGAAGCUGCUGUUUUAUUUUGGAUUUUUCCUUCGGUUAUUUUAAAAAAGAUGGUGUUAUCCAAUUUUUCUACCAAAGAAGCCUACCAUGAUCGUCAAAUAGCAGACUCUUUAGAUUUUAUGGUUGAAGUUAUAGAAUCACUAUCACAAUCAGAUCUCGCAUCACGAUUAACUAUUAAUUGUUUGAAUAGUCGUGUAAACACAUAUUUAAUGAGAGGGUUAAAAGCUGUUACAAUUAUGGAUGUAUUUGAUAAUUAUGCCUUAGGUUCACCAGUUAGAGAAAAUAUCUAUAAAGAGUAUCCACAAGCCAAACUAGCACAACUUAAGACUGGGGGUAACUUUCCAUAUCUUAGUCGUAGCGAUGAAGUUAACUUACAUUUACAGGUAAUAUGCUAAUAAUUAUAUUAGAUU